GCAAUAACAACUCUAUUUGUAAACAAGAAUUUCCUUCAAAAAAAAAAAUAUUAAAGGUUGAUUAAAAACAUUAAAAUAGUUCAGGAUGAAUCAAAAUAAUCAAAAUUUACUUCUGGAAAUACAGAAAUUUGCUUUGGGGAAGAACUUGUAUCAUAAGGAUGAUCCAACAGAAGCAAUUCAACUUGUCAAAAUUGCACUUAAGCUGUUAGAAGAACUUCCAGUUCUAAGAGAUUGUAUCUUUGAAUACUUUUCAAUAAUCAUUGACACUUAUAUCACAAACUAUGUCAAAGAUAAAAGUGCAUCUUUAAAUGAAUCUGAUGAAUUGAUUGUUUCGAUGAUUAAGGAAGGUCUUGAAAAAUUGAUUUUUGAACAAUCAUGGGCACCGACUUAUGUUUCUCAAUGGACUCUUUCAAAGCUUAUAAAGCCAUCUGUUGAAUAUGCAAAAUUGCUUAAUCUGGAUUUUAAGGGUUCCUGUAAUCUCUGGCUAGGAUGUACUGCAACUAAAAUUCUUUUGGAACUAUGUGGAUUGUGCUUUAAUUCGUUUGAUGACACUGAAAUGAAGAGAUUUAUUUUUGAUCUUGAAAAUGUUUUUGUAGAUAACAGACCCAAUUUUGAUUGGUGUGUCGCUCAUUUAAGCUCAUUAUUUCCAAUCAAGUUUAUAUCAAACAUUUUACGAAUGCCAUCAAUGUUAACGCCUGCAUUUAUACCAUCGACUGUGACUGUACUUGAGUAUCUCUCAAAUUCUGGUGAUCAAAAACUAAAAGUUCUUAUUCGUGAAAUCGUGGAAGAGGCUUUAAAUGGAGAUGUAAAUGAACUUAAAUCAAAAGAUUACAUUCCCAAUCUAAUACGACUUGCCAGUAAGUCGGAAAUAUAUGCCCAAUGCAUUUUAAAUGUAUUUCUAGAAUACGUUGAGCUGGAUUAUGUUAAUUUUAUUGAGAAAAUUAAACGACAAAUUAUCUUAAGACCACUGGAUUAUAAUCCAGACAAAUUACAUGACAUAUUUCCAGAACUGAUCUUGCGUUCAAAGGAAAAUGGAACAAAGUUGAUAUUAACAUUAAUGGAUAAUUUUGAAAAUAAUCUUUGGUGUGUGGAACUUGUGGAAUUGGUGAUUCUUGAACUUGAGUCCAUGAUAUAUAAUGAUGAUAAAACAUGUCCAUUAGUUAUAGAUAUUCGAAAAGAAAAGAAUUGGCCAUUUUUAUGGAAUGCAUGUACAAGUCAUAAAAAAGUAUUUCAACAGACAGCAAUUAGACUAAUUUUACUAGCAAGCAAUCAGAGAAAUCCAGUUAUAUUCAGCAAAUCGAUUGAGAAAUUACUUUCGGAGAAUACGUUAACAAGUCCGCACAUUAUGAAUGCUGUAAUUAGAUUGCUUGAUGAGAAUAUCGGUAGUAGUGAAUCUCCGGAUAUUAAUAUAGUUAUUUCACAUGUACUUCAGCAGUUAGCAAUCGAUUUAAACAAUUUAAAAUUGGAAAACAAGUGCUACUUUACCAUUAAAAAUCUAGUAGAUAUAAUGUCACUUGAAAAAGAUGGCCAAUGUACUUUUUUAAAACGAAACUUAGUCACUAAUGCUGUACAAUCAUCAUUUCGUAUAACUCUUCAAAUUUGGGAAAAUUUACUCCGAAAAGUCAUGCUGAUUUCAGAUAAUGUUAACCAAAAGGUUGUAAAAAAUGAUGCUGACAAUGAAAACAUGGAUGAUCCAAUGCAAAUUGCAGACAUAGAUAGUGAAUGUAUUUUUGGAACAAAAGAUCAAAUUCAUAUGAUGACAAAUUUAAUUAAUCAUCUUAAUAUGAAAGUAAUUAAUGUCUCUAAUGCUGCACGAUGCGAGAAAAUUACUAUCCAGUACUUCUUCUGGAGCUUAAAGGAAACAGAUUCACUGACAAAAUCAAUCAUUAUGGAGCGUUGCUUUAAUUUGCUUUCAAAACAAUGUUCAGGCAAAAAAGGAAUAAGGAAUGUAGCAACAAGAGAUUUAUUGGAAGGAGCUUUAUUCCUUUAUACAGACAUUUUUAAGCCAAAGGGAUUAAUUCAAACUACUUGUGAGCAUAAAUAUACAAAGAAAAAGGAAACGUCAUUAUUAAAAAUGAAUCAAAAGCAAAUCAUUUCGUUAAAUUUCUCUAAAUCAUCAAUUUUAUUACAUUCUGGCAUAAUUGGAUCUGGAAUCUCUAAAUCUAUUCAGCAUUUGAACGAGCAUGUGAAUGAUGUUGACGAGGAAGUUAAGAAUUUUUACAUUAAGGCAAUUGUUUCAUGCUGUCAAGAUGAGUCUGAUGAAGAAGAAUCUAAAAUUAUCGAUGGACUAUGCAAUGUUUCUCAGUUACUUGUCGAGCUUGUAUCCAGUGAUGUAAUGUAUAAUGCAAUUCAUUGGCCAAUUGAGGAAGAUUUCACAAAAGUUACCAUGGAACGUGAUUUACAUGUACGACGAAUCUUUAAAAACUGCCCAAUCUUAUGGUCUAUUUUAGGAUUACUUGCUCAAUACAGAGUUCCAUUAUGGUGCAAUUGCAGCGUCUUUCUACGUUCAUUGUGUGCUUCAAUAAUGCAUCAUUGGAGAGCUAAAGCUGAAAAUCGAAAUGAAAAUAACGAUGAACUAAUGUUUUUUACUGUCAAAUUUCUCGAGUUGUUGUCAUUAGCAAAAUUGCUUCCACCUCCUUUAAAUAGUCUUCAUAUUGUUGUUGUUUAUCUUGAACCAAGUGAAAUUGCUUAUGUACUCAAAGAAUGUGUGUGGAAUUUCUUCGUUGCUAAAGGUCUUAAUUCUUACAAUCCAGAUUCGAACGUGGAACUUCAUGCUUCAGAACAAUUUAUCAAUCCACUUCGAAAUACUAUGCAAAAGAAACUGUCUAUUUUGGGAAAUAUGUAUUAUCAAAUGAAGUUUACUUAAGUUAAUUUCAAUUUUAAUAUAUUUAAAGUUUAAAAGACAAAUAAAAUUUCAAAUUGAGUAUAAGUUU